GUCAUCUUCAGUUUAUAUUAUUAAACUAUUGUUUGAAAACAUAAUCGGAAAUACUUUAUAAAUGAAUAAGCUUUUUACAUGUUUCUAAAUAUAACAUUUCAGUAUACAUUAUACAUUCAAACUGGAAAACCCAGUUAAAUCACGAGAAAAACAGAAAUGAAACUCACUUGGUUAUACGUUUUAAUAUUGUUAUUGUAUGAGAUGUAACUUUAUGAUAAACAAUUGUUAUGGACGAAGAGCAAGUACAUCGUCUGCGCGAAAACCGCGUUAAGAUCGUCAAUGACCUUGAACCUUGUGGACGUGUCCUUGACACGCUUUUUGAGGAAGGAAUACUCACUGAAAAUGACGUGGAACUCGUGUCGUCUGCGGGCACAAGGAAAGAACGUUGCCACGCGCUACUUGCGGUGCUUCCGUCACGCGGUCCGGUAGCGUACGGGUCAUUCCAAAAGGCUCUCAGCACGGGAAAUUAUGAGUUCUUAGCAACCCAGCUAAGUAUUGAAAACGAAAAGUUAACUCUAGAAGCCGAUUUUCGAAGUUCAAUGACAAAAGAUAAGUUAGGAAUUUCCAAAUAUAGCAGACGACAUCGGAAUAAUGAGGGGACCGUAAAAUGCGAGAGUUGUUUAAAAAAAAUUACUGAAAUAGAGAACAGUGCCAUAUUUUCAAAGAGUGGUUUAUUCACUAUUAUCGAGAUACAUUGUUGUUUACUGCUUGAUAAUAUUGAACCAAACGACUUGAUAGACCACUUGUUCCAAGAACAUAUUCUCACAGCAGACGACAUUGACGCCGUCUGUUCGUGCCUGACAAGACGACAAAGGUGCGAGCAGCUAUUUCGUCUGCUACUGGUAAAAGAGGAUGAUGUAGUGACAAGUCUGAAGAGAGCCUUGACAAAAAAGUACUCAUACAUCGUACAAACCAUUGAAACCCGUAGUGAACAGCAAAAGGUUAGCACGACUGACGACUUGGAAAAUCGUACGGAUAACAGCGGCAGAGAAAGUAGAGAAAGGAGAUAUGAAGUUCAUCGCACAAGAGUGAAAGCACAUUUUGGUUGUGAGAAAACGGGAAUAGAACAGUUAAAGGAUUUGCAAAGAAUCGAAACUGACAUUUCCGAUGGAGCAACCGUUGUCGAUUCGGCGAUAAUUCACAUGACUCCAUUGAUUAUUAUGAAACAAUCACACGAACAGAGAAAACUUUACAAGCCUGAAAAGGCAAAAUGUGAACACAUUUGUAAGCAGGUGAUCUCUAUCAAAACCGAAAAGCCGAAACAAAGACUCCAAGUAGCUUUCAAUUAUCUGAGCACGCUCAUCAAUCAAGGCGAGUAUACGAAGUUCGAAGAUACAACCACUCAGUUAAGGGUUCGGUUUCCAAAACAUUACGAUCUGAUGUGUAUUUUGGGCUACCUGCAAGCCAGCAGAGAUUUGUUUAAAACCGACUUCGAUUCUGCUAAACGGCGUAUAAAUGACACAAUGGCGCUCGUACCAAAGUCUUCCAAUCCUCGUUAUUUGACACUGGAACUCAUCACAGCAAAGACGAGAAUGUACCUUACACAGAAGAAAAUGGAAAAGUUAAAGACGACGCUUGAGGAAGCCAUGAUGAUUAUGGAGACAGACCCGCUUGGCUGCACCGGAAGAGCGGCUGGGUGGCUCUUUAUCAACCACGCAAGGAACAUGACCGCUCAACUCUCGUACCUGAAUCUCAGUAAGCCAGGCGCUUUCAAUGUCUACAAUGGAAUAUUCAACACAGCUAAAACAAGCUUCUUGCGGUCAAUGACUAACUUUAAACGGGAUGGCGGAAAUGACGGACCAUUCGGAUUCGGGUUCGCUCUGUGUCGUCUGGUGAUUCUGCUGCUGAGAUGUGGAGAUAACGGACUCACUAUGGGGCUUAUCAAACCUCCCGACAAUGACAUCAUUUCCGCCGAAAAAUACAUGCGACAUUUGGAAGACUCGGAUAUUCCGAUUACCAAAAUACUCGAAAUGCAGUUGCGAUUAGCAAAAUGUGAUUAUGUCUUUCAUCGAAGCCACUUAACACGAGCAUUUGAGCACGCCACAGAGGCUUACAACCUCGCAACAACCAUGAACUUGUUGGAGUUCACCGAACAUGCGCACAACAGGAUGUCUUUUCUGAAAUCGAAACAAUCUAUCACAGGGCCAGACGAUGACAUUUCAGAGGAAGAUGUCCACCGGAUAUUGUUCGAAGAUUCAACGAGCGAAGGGGAAAUACAUCCCAGGGAAUACAUUCUCUCUUCUUAAUUGUUUGACUAUGAACAAAACUGCGUUUAAUUAUGUGUGCCUUUUCAGUUAUAUAAAUAGAUUCACUGAAGUAGAAGCAUUUUGAAAAUGGUUAUUUACAUGCGCAUGUACAAUUAAUUCUUUAAAAAAACAAUGCAAACGCAAGUUCAAUCCAUUUCCGAUUCUUUCCGGUAUUUCUCUAAUGCUAUAUUUAAUGCCCAAUAUAAAUUUGCCCCUGAUGUUAUGUUAUAAAUGACGACGAUAUAAGUAAUGAGGGUUUUAGAAAAGUAAAACUACAGUCAUAAGCGUUCUGUAUAAAAACAAA